UCUAGGCUUUCAGCCCUUUCCGAAUGUCAUAGCCAUGAUCUUGAGCUCCCAUUGGCUCCUGUCUCCAACUACGUCACAAUCAUGAUUAGAAUUGAUGAUCGGACGUUCUGAUUUCAUUGUCUAGCAAAGGGGACUGCUGAAGAAAUCUGCUGAAUUUGGAACGUUGCUCUGAUUUUGUCAUCAAAAAUGCCACAUUGGCGAACCGCGCACCAUGUGCACUGACAGGAUGAGUACCCUGCAGAUGUUGCUAACCUAAAAACAUGAAGGCUUUGCUGUGAUUUGCAUGGCUGCCCCGUUCCACUCCAGUAGCACAAUGGAUGCCUGGUCACAGAGGCGUGGCAUGCAGACUAUGAACCUGCGGUCAGUGUUUACAUCUGAACAACAGAGGAUCCUGGAAAGGUACUAUGAGAAUGGGAUGACCAAUCAGAGCAAGGCAUGUUUCCAGCUAAUACUGCAGUGUGCUCAGGAAGCCAAACUGGACUUCAGCGUGGUCCGGACAUGGGUUGGCAACAAAAGAAGAAAGCUAGCCUCCAAGAUAGACCAAAACGGGGGUGCAUCUCAUUCCUUAUCCAGUCAUCCACUAGCUGGGGGACUACUGUCCAAUCACUCAGUGGCUGGAGGGGCCCUGUCCAAUCACAGUCUGACGGGAGGGGCUCUGGUAGCUGGAAGCAUGCUUACUGCUGAGUUGGCUGCAGCACGGAGCAUGCAGAAUCGUGUGCACCUUCUCCCUCCAUCCUCAUCAUACCCUUCUUUCUCAUCAACGUCGUCUUCCCCUUCGUCGUCAUCAUCUCUCAGCAGUGGGAGCAACAACGCCAACAACAAUGAUGUCAUAUUGACUGGAAUCUAUUCUCUCAACUCUGUCCCUCGGUCUAGACAGAGACCUGCAGCUGCUUCAUCUCAGUCAGACUCUGAGGUGUCUGCACACACAUCCUCAUCUCUGCUCCCUCAGUCCCUACAUGGCAAGAAUGGUUCCAGUUCCUCUCCCCUCCACUCUAAGCUAACGUCACUGUCUCAGAACCCUCCAUCCUUCACAUCUCCCUCAGGCCCCUUAGCCUACACUGCCGUCAGGAAGGGAGGUUUAUCCCUUGGGGAGGCAGGGAUGAGUGCAGCAGCGAGUGUGGUACCUCACACCUGGACUAGACAGUAUGGUACAAUACAAACUCGCCCUUGGUCUUCUUCCUCACCAUCUCAGCCCCAGCCUAACUCCAAUCCCAAAUCUCAACAGUCUGUUCCCCCAAAGCCUCGGGUUUCCAUCCCAGUCCAAAACUGCAAUUCUUCCCCUGAACAGAUUCCUCGCAUCCAGCAAGUGUUCACCUUGUCAGCAAGGGGUGAUGGGGACAGACUUAGGCCAGUAUCAGCAUCUACUCGGAAAGGUCAGGAGAGUCAUAGACCAGUGCCUGUACCGCUGGACAUGAGGCACAACUUCUCCAUUGCCAUGGAAACUGGAGAUGAAGAAGAGGAGUGGCAAAGGGAAGAGGAAUUGGCAAAUAUGGCUGCUCAGACCCACAUCCAUAGGGAACAGACAUCGGUUGGUCCAACAGAAGCUGAACAGUCUGUGGUGAGAAGAAGUUGUUCACCCCCUAUGACCAGCUCCAGACCUGCACUGCCUCACAGCAAUACAGCACUUCAUGGCAGCUACUCCCUCACAGCACAGACCUCACUUAUAGGAGAAUCAAGCUCACAGACGUCGGGUGGUGUGGCUGCUGCCCCCUGGGUUGUCAGCAACUCCAGAAAGCGAACACUGCAGGAUCGGACCCAGUUCAGUGAUGGGGAUCUCAUCCAACUGAAGCGCUACUGGGACAGAGGCAUGACUAGCUUGGGCUCAGUCUGCAAGGAAAAGAUUACUGCUGCAGCAAACCAGCUCAAUGUAGACACUGAAAUAGUCAAGGUAACCAACUCUGCAGGGUGGUGGGGUCUGUUUUUGGAGACAGGUGAUUUAUUGAGGAAGUUCACAGCUUUAUUUCACAUUAGUUUGUUCCCUCACUCUCAAAUGCUUUGCUGUGAUUUGCAUGGCUGCCCGUUCCACUCCAGUAGCACAAUGGAUGCAUGGCAACAGAGGCGUGGCAUGCAGACUAUGAACCUGCGGUCAGUGUUUACAUCUGAACAACAGAGGAUCCUGGAAAGGUACUAUGAGAAUGGGAUGACCAAUCAGAGCAAGGCAUGUUUCCAGCUAAUACUGCAGUGUGCUCAGGAAGCCAAACUGGACUUCAGCGUGGUCCGGACAUGGGUUGGCAACAAAAGAAGAAAGCUAGCCUCCAAGAUAGACCAAAACGGGGGUGCAUCUCAUUCCUUAUCCAGUCAUCCACUAGCUGGGGGACUACUGUCCAAUCACUCAGUGGCUGGAGGGGCCCUGUCCAAUCACAGUCUGACGGGAGGGGCUCUGGUAGCUGGAAGCAUGCUUACUGCUGAGUUGGCUGCAGCACGGAGCAUGCAGAAUCGUGUGCACCUUCUCCCUCCAUCCUCAUCAUACCCUUCUUUCUCAUCAACGUCGUUCCCUUCGUCGUCAUCAUCUCUCAGCAGUGGGAGCAACAACGCCAACAACAAUGAUGUCAUAUUGACUGGAAUCUAUUCUCUCAACUCUGUCCCUCGGUCUAGACAGAGACCUGCAGCUGCUUCAUCUCAGUCAGACUCUGAGGUGUCUGCACACACAUCCUCAUCUCUGCUCCCUCAGUCCCUACAUGGCAAGAAUGGUUCCAGUUCCUCUCCCCUCCACUCUAAGCUAACGUCACUGUCUCAGAACCCUCCAUCCUUCACAUCUCCCUCAGGCCCCUUAGCCUACACUGCCGUCAGGAAGGGAGGUUUAUCCCUUGAGGCAGGGAUGAGUGCAGCAGCGAGUGUGGUACCUCACACCUGGACUAGACAGUAUGGUAUACAAACUCGCCCUUGGUCUUCUUCCUCACCAUCUCAGCCCCAGCCUAACUCCAAUCCCAAAUCUCAACAGUCUGUUCCCCCAAAGCCUCGGGUUUCCAUCCCAGUCCAAAACUGCAAUUCUUCCCCUGAACAGAUUCCUCGCAUCCAGCAAGUGUUCACCUUGUCAGCAAGGGGUGAUGGGGACAGACUUAGGCCAGUAUCAGCAUCUACUCGGAAAGGUCAGGAGAGUCAUAGACCAGUGCCUGUACCGCUGGACAUGAGGCACAACUUCUCCAUUGCCAUGGAAACUGGAGAUGAAGAAGAGGAGUGGCAAAGGGAAGAGGAAUUGGCAAAUAUGGCUGCUCAGACCCACAUCCAUAGGGAACAGACAUCGGUUGGUCCAACAGAAGCUGAACAGUCUGUGGUGAGAAGAAGUUGUUCACCCCCUAUGACCAGCUCCAGACCUGCACUGCCUCACAGCAAUACAGCACUUCAUGGCAGCUACUCCCUCACAGCACAGACCUCACUUAUAGGAGAAUCAAGCUCACAGACGUCGGGUGGUGUGGCUGCUGCCCCCUGGGUUGUCAGCAACUCCAGAAAGCGAACACUGCAGGAUCGGACCCAGUUCAGUGAUGGGGAUCUCAUCCAACUGAAGCGCUACUGGGACAGAGGCAUGACUAGCUUGGGCUCAGUCUGCAAGGAAAAGAUUACUGCUGCAGCAAACCAGCUCAAUGUAGACACUGAAAUAGUCAAGACAUGGAUUAGCAACAGACGGAGGAAGUACCGUCUGAUGGGUAUUGAAAUUCCUCCACCCAAAGGUGGUCCUGCUGUUUUCACAACCUCAUCCCCAGGAAAUGAGUCUCCACUAAGCCUAAGUCCUGAUGAAGAGCGCCUUAAAACGCCUGAACUUGGAGACGACUUGAAUGACUGUGGCUCCAUCUGCCUGUCUGAAGAUGGCACCAGUGAUUCACAACAGAGGGAGGGAGAAGAUGGAACAGAUGUGUUGAAUACUGCAUCAGUGACCAAUAAUGUGAAGAUUGAAGUCAUUGAUGAAGAGGAGGAUGAUGACGACAGUGGUGGUGAAAUGGUUGCCACAGACUUAGAGCAAAUGCAGAACCUACUGGAGUUCAAGCAUGAGGAAGUGCAGUUCUUAGAGAAUGAGCUAGAGAACCAAAAACAAAAAUACCAGGAGCUUGCAAGCUUCACUAAGAGCCUGCUCUGGGCAGUGAGGGAUAAUGACCUGGAGCGACAGCAGGAACUUGUGGCCAGUCUACCUCAGCCUUCAGAUCAGGACUGGGAUAUGAUUCUAGAUGCAGGAGCCCAGCAUGCUGCUGUGUCCGCAGAGUCAUCCUCCAACUACAAUGGAUCUCCGAUGGCUGCCAUGAGCAGCAUAGAGACAAAAUUAGACCCUGCAAACGAAGUCCCAUCGGUCACCAUAAAUGAAGACGGUUCCAUAACUGACAUUGCUGAGCCCUCUGCAUCAGUGGAGCAGCUGGAGGAAUCUGCUUCAGGGCAAAAGUGACUGUUGCAUCAUAUUUCUCCCACACACUCUCAUACAGAAACGGGUUUCAGACAAGACAGACUCUUUGGUCCUACUUGUACACACAAACACUCUGAUAAACUCUUGCCCCACGCCCAGUGCCUGUGGACUGAUGCUUCAAUAUGACUGUUGGCUGACAAUGCCUUUUUUUAGUGCAUAUCAUUCGCCUUGCUCUGGUCUAAUCCAGGGAGAACAAUAAACAACCUCUAAUUUA